AUGGGCUUAUUAACUCGGCAACAACUUCAAGAGCUCUUUGAGCAACGAAUUCUCAUCAUCGAUGGUGCUAUGGGUACCAUGAUUCAGAGGUACAAACUCAGCGAAGCUGAUUUUAGAGGAGAGGAAUUUAAAGACUGGCCUUGCGAUUUGAAAGGUAACAAUGACAUUCUCUGCAUUACCAAACCAGAAGUCAUUAUUGAAAUUCAUGAAAAGUAUCUCGAAGCCGGUGCUGAUAUUAUUGAAACAAAUACCUUCUCAUCGACAACUAUUUCACAAGGCGAUUAUCAGGCUCAAUCACUUGCCUAUCGUUUGAACUAUUGUGCAGCUCAAUGUGCAAAGAAAGCUGCUCUCAAAUACACAGAACUCACUCCGAAUAAGCCUCGUUUCGUUGCAGGUGCUCUCGGACCCACCAAUAAGACUGCUUCCAUAUCUCCAAGUGUGGAAGACCCUGGAUUCAGAAACAUUUCAUUUGAUGACUUGUAUGAGGCAUACUUUGAACAAGUUCGUGGUUUAGUCGAUGGCGGUGCUGACAUUUUGUUGAUUGAAACAAUCUUUGAUACCUUGAAUGCAAAGGCUGCUGCAUAUGCUUGUAUGGACUAUCUAGAGAAGAAUAAUGCUGAUAUUCCGAUUAUUAUUUCUGGUACUAUUACCGAUCAAACAGGAAGAACAUUAUCUGGACAAACUACUGAAGCUUUCUACAUUAGUUUAAUGCAUAGUAAUAUGGUUUGUAUGGGUCUCAAUUGCGCUUUGGGAACAGUCCAAAUGAAACCUUUCAUUAGUGCAUUGUCAAACAUUGCAGAAUGCUUCACUCAUGCAUACCCAAAUGCUGGCUUACCUGAUGAAAUGGGUCAAUAUAGACAAACUCCAGAAGAAAUGGCUCGUCAAGUGAAAGAAUUUCUUGAUGAAAGACUUGUAAACAUGAUUGGUGGCUGUUGUGGUACAACACCAGAUCACAUUAGAGCCUUGUCAGAAUUGGCAGCUCAAUACAAGCCUCCACAUAUCAGAAAGCCUCAACAACCAACCCAUGAUUUGAAAUUAUCUGGAUUGGAGCCAAUGAUUUACACAAAGAACUCCAAUUUUAUCAAUAUUGGGGAACGAUGUAACGUUGCAGGAAGUAUUCGUUUCAAGAAAUUAAUUUUAGAAAACAAGUUUGAAGAUGCUUUAUCAAUUGCCAGAAAUCAGGUUGAAGCAGGUGCUCAAGUUAUUGAUGUCAAUUUUGAUGAAGGUCUUUUAGAUUCUAAGAAUUGUAUGAGAAAAUUCCUUAAUUUAAUUAUGAGCGAACCUGAAAUUUCUAAAAUUCCAAUCAUGAUUGAUAGCUCGAAAUUUGAAGUUGUCGAGCAAGGUUUGAAGUGUAUUCAGGGUAAAUCCAUUGUCAACUCUCUAAGCUUGAAAGAAGGCGAAGCCGAUUUUAUUGAAAAGGCAAAGAAAGUUAAAAAGUAUGGCGCUGCAGUUGUAAUUAUGGCUUUUGAUGAACAGGGACAGGCUGCAGACGCUGACAGAAAGGUUGAAAUUUGUACCAGAAGUUACAGAAUUUUGGUUGACAAGGUUGGAUUCAAUCCUGAGGAUAUUAUCUUUGAUCCAAACAUUCUUACUAUUGCCACUGGUAUUGAAGAGCACAAUAAUUAUGGUGUUGAAUUUUUAGAGGCAAUUAAGAGGAUUAAGACUGAUCUUCCAUAUGCCAAAGUUUCUGGAGGUGUUUCUAACUUGUCUUUCUCCUUCCGUGGCUUGAAUCUUGUGAGAGAAUCCAUGCACAGCGUCUUUUUGUACCACGCCAUUAAACAAGGAAUGGAUAUGGGUAUUGUGAACGCUGGUGCAUUGCCAAUUUAUGAUGAAAUUGAUCCAAAGGUUUUGGAAUUGUGUGAAGCUGCCAUUUUGAACAAGAGCGCAGACGCAACUGAAAAUUUGUUGUCAUUUGCUCAAGAGCUGAGAGAAAAGCAAGCCCUUGGAGAAGAUAUUGAUGGACCAAAGCAAAAGGAAGUUCUCAAAUGGAGAGAACAAACCGUUGGUGAGAGAUUAAAGCAUGCUUUGGUUAAGGGUAUUGUGGAAUAUAUUGACCAAGAUGUUGAGGAGGCAAGACAACAGGCCAGCUCUCCUCUUAAGGUCAUUGAAGGUCCUCUCAUGGAUGGUAUGAAUGUGGUUGGUGAUUUGUUUGGCUCUGGUAAAAUGUUUUUGCCUCAAGUUAUUAAGAGUGCUCGUGUCAUGAAGAAGGCAGUCAAAUACUUGAUCCCAUUCUUGGAGAAGGAGAAGGAAGAACGUCGUCAAAGAGGAGAAGCCACCACUUCAUCUCAUGGAAAAGUCCUCUUAGCUACCGUUAAGGGUGACGUGCACGACAUUGGUAAAAACAUUGUAGGAGUUGUGCUAGCAUGUAACAAUUAUGAAGUCAUUGAUUUGGGAGUCAUGGUAAAUGCAGAAGUCAUUGUUCGUGAAGCAAAAGAAAAACAAGCAGACAUUGUUGGUUUGUCUGGAUUAAUCACUCCUUCCUUGGAUGAAAUGUGUCAUGUUGCUAAGGAAAUGCAAAAAGCUGGUCUCACAUGCCCACUCUUGAUUGGAGGUGCUACUACAUCUAGAACCCACACUGCUGUUAAGAUUUGUCCUCAAUACGAACAGCCAUGUAUUCACGUUUUGGACGCCAGUAGAAGUGUUGUCGUUGUUUCCAACUUGUUAGACAAGAAUUUGAAGGAAGAAUACGUAGAAGAAAUCAACGAGCUCUAUGAAGAACUUAGAAAUGAACACUAUGAUUCAUUACUCGAAAGACGUUUCCAAACAUUGGCAAACGCCAGACAACAAAGACUUGCCAUCGAUUGGGAAAAACAACCACCAGUUAAAGCUCCAACAUUCUUGGGUGAAAAAGUUUUGGACAACUUCCCAUUGGAUCAGCUAGUUUCUCACAUUGAUUGGACUCCAUUCUUCUCCGUUUGGCAAAUCAAAGGAAAAUAUCCACACAGAGGAUACCCAAAGAUUUUCAACGAUCCUGACGUUGGAGAAGAAGCAAAGAAACUCUUCGACAGUGCUACCAAGAUGUUGAAGGAUAUUAUUGAAAAUAAGAAACUAGUUGCUAGAGGUAUUGUUGGAUUUUAUCCUGCAAAUAUCAAUGAAGAAAAGAGCGUGGAUGAUAUUGAAAUUUAUGAUCCAACAAUUCCAGAAGAGAAGAAAGUUAUUGGCACUUUCUAUGGCCUUCGUCAACAAGCUGAAAAGGAAAAUGAAGACGAGCCAUACUUGUGUAUGUCUGAUUUCAUUGCUCCUAAGAGCACUGGCUUGAAUGACUACAUUGGUCAAUUUGCUGUUUCCAUUUUCGGUGCUGAAGAGCUUGCCGCCAAGUAUCAACAAGAAGAUGACGACUAUUCAUCAAUCAUGGUUAAGGCUCUUGCUGAUCGAUUGGCUGAGGCAUUUGCUGAAUUAUUGCAUGAAAUUGUGAGAAAAGACUAUUGGGGAUAUUCACCUGAAGAAAAGUUUGAUACUGAGGAUCUUUUGAGAGUGAAAUAUCAAGGUAUUAGACCAGCACCUGGCUAUCCUUCUCAACCAGAUCACACUGAAAAGGAAACAAUGUGGCGAAUUGCCAACAUUACUGAAAGAACUGGAAUCAAGUUGAUUGACGACAGUUUAGCCAUGUGGCCUCCUGCAUCUGUGAGUGGUCUGUAUUUUGCUCACCCAGAAGCCAAAUACUUUGCUGUUGGUAAAAUUAAUUUGGAUCAAGUCCAAGAUUAUAUGAAGAGAAAGAGUUGGAAAGAUAUGGAUUAUGCUGAGAAGAGAUUAGGUCCAAUGCUGGGCUACAAAUAA